CGCGGAGCCCUCGUUCCCCUUUUCUUCUUCGAUCCGUGGGUCGCUGCUCCUUGCUCGUUUCUUUUCUUAGAUUCGAUGCGCCGACGCAGCGGCUAGGUGGCGAUCCGGCUUCCCGACCACGGCGAUGCAGUGACAAUUGGACAAUGAGGAAGAUGGCCUCAAUUCUUCCCGGCAAAACCCCUGCCUUCUCCUUUGUCCUUCGCCAGCCUGCAACCCCAACAACGCUGGCAGCGGUACGCAGGUGGCAAUCCCUCCGGUGAUGACCUAGGUGGUAGGCCCAUCGGCAGUGACCCCCCUCCCCUGCUCCUCCUUCCUCUCCGUUUCGAUUAGCGCAGCAAAAGUGCAUGGCAGAGUGGCUCAUCCUUGUCCGCGACAGGUUCUUUUGGUGACGGUGAGGCAAAGGUGGCUACCUCUCACCAAUGCCGGCAAGGUCUGGACCCCUUGCUCUGGCGACCUGCAGCUAUGGCGAUGGUGCCCUAGCAAUAUCCGGGCUGAUUUGGGCAGCGAGGCAGGACCCAAGCAGCACGGACGGUACCUGAGCAGCAGGGACGGUACUCUAGUGUCGGUUGGGUAGUGGCGGUCAGUUCUGGGUAGCGGGGUCACGGUGUGGCAGCGGACAUAUCUAUUCCGGACUUUCGGUGAUGGCGUCUGGGGGCAAUGAACACGAUUUAGACCGCGGGAUGCGACUACUCUGUUGAUAGCUUCCAAGUUUCGUUCUCCUUAAUCAAAUCAAUCGAGGGCCCAAUGGUAACAUCAAGUAAAAAAGUACGUAUGGAGUACCGUAACCAGUUACGAAAGGAGGUAUAUGACAUGUUUUUUUACCCACACUAUCAUAUUGUUACAUGUACGAGUAAAUAUUUUCUUGGUCUAAAGCUUUUUGGUAAUUAGCAUUUUGCAAUAUUUGUAAUCGACGACAUGUUUUUCAUAGGCCAAAGCGAUAGUGUGUUUGGAUUGCUUCUGAUGGGAACCGAGCCCAUCGAGAGAAUAUCAGUAAAAUUGGGUCUUAGCCCAAUGUAGAAUCUGUACAUUUUAAAGGAGAUUCGGCCCAAAUUUAAUAUAAUGGGCCAGCAAAGAGAAGAUGUCCAAGAGACAAAGCAGGGAAAGAAAUGAGGUUGGGGACCUGAAAGUGUGGGCUGGACCUCAGCCCAUGAAGGACGGGUCACCCAGAAGAAGGAAUCCCACAAUUAGGGUACGCCGCCUCCUUAAGGAGGCGGGCAAAUGGACAAAGGAAGCAAAGGAUAAUGGGCGGAUGGAGAGAUUUGUCCUUAAGUGGAUGGCAUUGAUCAUCAAGAGAAGCAGGACCGCUUCAAAGGCGCGGGCCAGCUUGGAAGGAAGGGAGGAACUUUCACCUCAAGAUCUCAGGCAUCAGCUAACCCUUUCCCAAUCCAAGCAUGAGACGCAAGAAAAGUCUUGUGAGCAGAGUUUUUACUCUAAGGCACCUAAGAGUUCCCAUCCGGUGCCAAAAGAUUCCCAGGCAACAUCAGAAAGGUUUGAUGCCAACUCCCCCUGUCGAAAGUUAAUUGGAUGGCUCAACAAGGAAGAAGAGGUCCGGUCCCAAAGGACCCAAAGGGAAGGGAGCCAAAAAGGGGGAGAGGAGGUGGAAAGCCAUGGACGCAUAUCAGUGUAUAAAAGAAUGCACAAGAAUGCAUCCCAAAGGCUGGGACCUAGAACUGAGGAGUUUGGAGAAAGUUCUGGGUGCUCCAGCAACGAAGAUGCCAGGGAUAUCCUUAAGCUGAGGAAGGAUAUGGAGGAGUUAAAGAAGCAAAUUGACAGAGAUGGAUCGUUUGGGCCCACAGUAAAGGUGAUUUCUCCCUUUACUACUAGAAUGAUGAAAGCUAAGCUGCAUAGGGGAUUUGGCUCAACUCUUUCUCAAUGCCUAUGGAGGAAGAUUCUAGCCGAAGAAGCACUUUACUCAUCUCUUUCCCUGAAGCAAAAGGAAGGGGAAACUAAUACAGAAUUGGUGCAAAGGUGGAACGAGGCAAUCAAUGAAGUGGAACCCAUGGAUGAUAAAACCUCCAUCGCUCUAUUCAUGAGCGCCCUAAGGUCCGGAGAAUUGUUCCGAAGGUUAGAUUACGACGCCCCUACUUCUUACAAAGCUAUGAUGGCUAAGGUCGACAAAUUUUGUGCCACGGAGGAAUCAGACCGCUUAAAGAGCAUGAAUGAAGGAGCCUUACACGAGGGCUCAGAGAAGAAGAAUGAGAAGGCAAGUGCGACCACCCUCUCCAUCCCAACCCUCAAGUCACUGGUACCGGGAGAGGCCACCCCUGUGGCAGAGAUUAAGGGGAGAGAAGAGGGUGGAUAGAAAAGAAAGCGCGGAGAUCCAAAGAGGAAGCAGUGGCCCUAUGACCCGGCCAAGUAUUGUAACUUCCAUAGAAGGGCAAGGCACGCCACAGAGGAAUGUGUGUUCCUCAAGAAGAUGGAAGGACAAAUGAAGGAGAGGGGACCGA